GGAAGAAAAGUCAGGCAAACACAAGCACGCACGCACCACUGGGAGAUCAGAGCCUCUAGCUGGCUCUGUGCUGCCGAAGCUCCGAGGAAGGGUGGGGGAGGAAGAGGAAGACUAAACCCAGAGCUGAGAGGAGAGGCAGGUGUGUGCAGGCGCAUCACCUAGACCAUGAGGUCUCCCCUCUGCUGGCUCCUCCCACUUCUCAUCUUGGCCUCAGAGGCCCAAGGCCAGGCAACAAGACGACCAAGACCCGGCACUGGGCCCAGGCGCAGACCCAGGCCCAGGCCCACACCCGCUUUUCCUCAGCCCCAUGAACCAGCAGAGCCUACAGACCUGCCUCCCCAACUCCCUCCGGGCCCGCCAUCAGUCUUCCCUGACUGUCCUCGCGAAUGCUUCUGCCCUCCUGAUUUCCCAUCUGCCCUCUACUGUGACAGCCGCAACCUGCGCAAGGUCCCCGUCAUCCCAUCCCGCAUCCAUUACCUCUAUCUCCAAAACAACUUCAUCACCGAGCUCCCAGUAGAGUCCUUCAGGAAUGCCACGGGCUUGAGAUGGAUCAACCUGGACAACAACCGAAUUCGCAAGAUAGACCAGAGGGUGCUGGAGAAGCUCCCCAGCCUGGUCUUCCUCUACAUGGAGAAGAACCAGCUCCAAGAGGUCCCCUCGGCCCUGCCCCGGAACCUGGAGCAGCUGAGGCUGAGCCAAAACCAGAUAUCCAGAAUCCCCCCUGGCGUGUUCAGCAAGCUGGAGAACCUGGUGCUCCUGGAUCUGCAGCACAACAAGCUGAGUGACGGUGUCUUCAAGCCCGACACCUUCCAUGGCCUCAAGAACCUCAUGCAGCUCAACCUGGCCCACAACAUCCUGAGAAAGAUGCCACCCAAGGUCCCCACAGCCAUUCACCAGCUCUACCUGGACAGCAACAAGAUUGAUACCAUCCCUAAUGGAUACUUCAAGGGCUUCCCCAAUCUUGCCUUCAUUCGGCUCAACUACAACCAGCUGUCAGACAGGGGGAUCCCCAAGAACUCCUUCAACAUCUCCAACCUGCUUGUGCUCCACCUGUCACACAACAAGAUCAGCAGCGUGCCUGCCAUCAGCAACAAUCUGGAGCACCUGUACCUCAACAACAAUAGCAUCGAGAAAAUCAACGGGACCCAGAUCUGCCCCAACAACUUAGUCGCCUUCCAUGACUUCUCCUCGGAUCUGGAGAACGUGCCACACCUGCGCUACCUGCGGCUGGACGGGAACUAUGUGAAGCCACCGAUCCCACUAGACCUCAUGAUGUGCUUCCGCCUGCUGCAGUCCGUGGUCAUCUAGGCCAUCCUCCACCGCUGGAUCUCUUCUGACCGCACUUGAAGGCUGGGGCCCAGGCGCCUGUGCCCACCAUUCGUUUUCUCUAUCUCCUUUCCUUGUUCCCAGCUUUGCCUCUCUUAUCCCACCUUUCCGAGGCAGGGAAAAGCCAUAUACUCUGUUGCAGCCUCUGGAGCAAGACUUCCCAGGGCUUGGUUUGGUCCCACCCAAUUCAAAGACACCCAGUGCACACCCAAACUUCUGGCCUUCUGUGGUCUCCCUUUGCUCCAGAAACACAGAUGUGUGUCUAAAGA